AUGGAUUCUAUGUCUACCACACACAGAAAGAUCAUGAAAGUUGUGAAGGAGAAGAAUUUGGAACAACUUAAUGAUGAGCUGGGAGGGAUUGAAGGUGUAGCAACAGCUCUCGGAACCCAUACGAGAACAGGGAUUCCUGAUGAUGAAAAGAAGAUCGAUCAACAACGUAAAAAAUUCGGUUCAAACACAUAUAAAAUGCCACGCCCAAAAGGCUUUUUCCGCACCUUAUGGCGACCUCUACAAGAAUUUGCCAUUUUAAUUGAUUUCGUGAACAUGCUUGCUGCCUUUAUCCUUUUCGUUGCUGCGUACGGCACCGGUAGCUGCAUGCCCUCUUCAGCUCACAAGUCCAGAGCGAACAUCAGCGAAGACGAAAUCAAAGUUUUGAGAGGUGGACAAAGCAAUAAUGUUUCGAAAUCCGAAAUCGUUGUGGGAGAUGUGGUUUGCUUAAAGUUCGGAGACGAAGUUCCAGCAGACGGCUUGUUCUUACGAGGGAAUAAUCUGCAAUUAGAGGAGAGGGAUAGUGAGAUCAGUGGCCGUGCCGUACAAGUAGUUAACGCGGAGAAUCCAUUUCUGUUUUCUGGAUCUCAAGUUGUUAACCCUGAUGGUGGAGGCCAGAUGAUGGUCACUUCCGUUGGCAUGAAGGCGAAAUGGUGCGAAAUGAUGGGGCAACACAGUUGCGGUUCAAGUGAUGAGGAAAUUGUCAAGGUAGAAGAUCAAGUAUACGUGCUUACUUGCUCAAUACGCAAGAAGGUUGGUCUGCCAAUUGCCUUACUCGGUGUCAUAGCCUUGCUCCCCAGAUACUUCACUGGGAACACCAAAAGCUAUGAAGGAAAUCAGGAAUUCGUUGAUGGUGAUAUCCGCGUUAACUUUUGGGAUUCUUCACUGCUGAAAUUUAUAGGAGCUGCUUUUACCACUGUGUUUACUGUAAUCCCAGAAAGCUUGCGAUUAGGCGUGGCUCUUACCACUUUCUAUUCAAAGAAGAGAAUGAUGGCUGACAUGGAAAUGGUGAGUGACACUUCCGUCUCCUGUUGUGAGACAAUGGGAUCUGUCACCACCAUCUGUACCAGCAAAACAGGCAUUCUCACCAUGAACCAGAUGGAGGUCAAAAAGUUUUAUCUCGGCGAGCACUGUGUUUUGGAAAGUGAGGCUUAUUCUACAAAUGCUCCUACUCAUGUUAAAAAUUUGUUGAAAGAGGGAAUCGCUCUGAAUACGAGUCCUAGUACUCCAACUGAUAAAGCAAUUCUUUUAUGGGCAGUUCGUGUCUUGGAUAUAGAUAUGGAAGUGGAAAGCAGGUGUACGGUUCUUCGUCGUGAUCAUCGUGAUGAUGAGGCUCCUUUGAACCUUAAUUCACAGAAGAAGAAACGUAGUGGGGUUUUGAUGAAGAGGGAGGUAGACAACACAGUCCACGUUCAUUGGAAAGGAGAAGCAGAGGCGAUUUUAAAGAUGUGUUCUAGCUGCUACGACAUUUCAAUUUCUGGAAACCUCAUAGAUCUCGAUGAUGGACGAAAAGUUACAUUCCGGCGCAUCGUUCAACAUAUGACGGAGAGAAGCCUCCAGUGCAUCGCUUUUGCACACAAUCAAGUUGAACUGGUCGAUGGACCUGACCCACUGAAAGAAAAUGGUCUGGUACUAUUAGGACUGGUUGGCAUCAAAGAUCCAUGUCGUCCAAAAAUGAAAGAAGCCGUGAAAGAUUGCCAGAAUGCUGGAGUAGAUGUCAAGAUGUUCACCAGCGACAACAUUUCUUCAGCGAAACACAUAGCCAGAGAGUGUGGAAUACUACUCGAUAUAGAUGAUCAGGAAGGAGCAGUAAUAACAGGUGAGGCGUUUCGACGCUACUCUGAAAAUGAAAGAAUGGAAAAAGUUGACCAAAUCCGAGUCAUGGCCAACUCAUCUCAGGAUGAUAAACUACUAAUGGUGAAAACAUUAAAGAAAAAAGAUGCCAUCGUUGCAGUCUCAGGGAACAGCACAAAAGAUGUGUUGGCAUUGUUGGAAGCUGAUGUAGGAAUCUCCAUGGGGAUCAAAUCUGGCACUGAUGUCGCCAAGAAAGUCUCCGAUAUCGUAAUCUUGGAUGAUGGUUUUGCAUCAGUGGCCAGAGUUCUGAAAUCGAGUAUAUGCAUUUACAACAACAUGCAGAAAUUCAUACAGUUUGAGCUCACUCUCAAUCUUGCUGCUCUUGCUAUCAUCUUUAUUUCAGCAGCUUGUGCAGGUGAAAUCCUAUUGACCUCCGGCGACGUACUGUGGCUGAACUUGAUUGUAAAUACAUUGGCUUCUCUGGCUCUUGCCAUGGAGAGGCCCACCGAAGAACCCAUCAAGAGGCAACCUGUUGGUAGGAAAGAGCCACUCAUAUCCAACAUCAUGUUGAGGAACCUCUUAGCUCAAGUUCUGUAUCAGAUUGUUGUGGUUUUCACAUUAAUGUUCAAAGCCAAAUCCAUUCUUGGUGUUGAAACUAUGACGGCCAAUUCUAUUAGGAAAAGAAACACAUUGAUCUUCCAUGCGUUCCUGCUGUGCCAAGUUUUCAACGAAUUCAAUGCAAGAAAUCUAGAGAAGAAGAACGUGUUUAAAGGGUUGCUUAGGGACAGAUUGUUUCUAGUUUUUAUUGCAAUAACCAUUUCUGUUGAGGUAAUGUUUGUGGAACUCUUUGUGAACCAGAAUGAUUAUUUUGAGAGGUUGGAGUUGUGGCAAUGGGGUAUAUGUUUUGGAAUCGGCUUCGUUUCUUGGCCUAUUGGUUGUGUCGUCAAGUGCAUACCUGUUCCAGAGAAACCGGUUCGAUGCUAUCUGGGCCUUGUUAAUUGA